UAUAAGCACACAUUAGAAGGCCUUUCUUCUGAAAUGCAGUAGCGUCGGUAACUCAGUUAGUGCAGUUUGGCGCGCCGUGGACGCUGGCCGGCACAUUGUGUUCUCGAAGAUGGUGUGCAAAGUCGCGCCAAAGGAGACGCCGUCCCGAGGCACGGGAGAGCAGGAUGCACAAGAAAUCGCCGACUAUGAAACCGCUUUGGAUGCGGCCGGUUACGGCCGCUUCAGUCGCAGCGUGCUCGGCGCGUGCGCGUGCGCAUUCUUCACAACGGGCGUGCAGAACUGCGUCAUGUCGUACGUGCUGCCGGCGGCGAGGUGUGAACUCAAGCUGACCACGUACCAGGCGGGCUUGAUCAACAUGGCAUUUAUGAGUGGUGGCGUUGCAAGCGCAUUUUUCUGGGGCAUCGUUGCUGAUGUCUUUGGAAGGAAGAAUAUUCUAAGCAUGACACUGCUGGUUGAUUCUACGAUACUACUUGCUCAAAGCACGAUAUCAGAUUACCGCCUUCUGUUAGCCGCGAGGUCUAUUAAUGGUUUUCUGAUCGGUGGUCCAUCAACUCUGGUAUUCACAUAUCUAUCAGAUUUGGUUGGAUACAAACGAAGACAGUUUUACCUGGAUAUAACCGGCAUGAGCUUCGUGGCAGCUUGGCUGAUAUUACCAGCAAUCGCAUGGCUAGUGAUACCAAUUAAACUGACCGGCUACACGACCUUGCUGCCCAUAUAUUCCUGGCGCCUGUACCUGGCUCUGGGUAGUAUACCAGGCUUCUUAUCCGGUAUAUGGGUCCUGUUCCUGCCUGAGAGCCCGAGAUUACUCUCUGACACAAAUAGAAGCGACAGGGCGUUAAAGAUAAUGGCGUAUAUCAGUAAAUGUAAUAAGGGUCCCUCGGCCGAAUUUAAGGUCCAGAAGCUCAUUCAGGACAACAUUUUCAUGACGAAAACCCUGAGUGGAGAUCAGAGUAGGACCAGGGCAUUAUUUAUUGGCGUUUUGAAGGAUCUUAAGAUGUUCAUUUCCAAGAUGUACGCCGUCAAGUCCAGCCUUAUAUUAUUCGUGUUCUUCGCUAACAUGGCCGCUGGUUUCGGCUUGAAUCUUUGGAUCCCAGAACUGCUCCUCCGAAUGCAAAGUAAUGUAGGCAAAACGUGUCCGAUGAAUCAAUCUUUACCCGAGAAUGCGAUGCUGUUCAACGCAAGUAACAUUCCAUGGAAAGACAUUCCUAAGAUCAGCGAUGAUUAUUCUAAACCAGAAGUUGAUAAAUUUAACUCGAGUUUGGAUAUCGUUCAUGCAGAAAAAUGCGAUGAAAAUAUAAAUGAUUCAGUGUUCACGUCGGGUCUCAUAGUGGGCGCGUGUUGCGUCAUCGGUAACGCGGCGUGCGCGCUGGUGUCGUCACGCGGCGGCGCUGGCGUGCGGCGCGCGGCGGCGCUCUGCGCGCUGGCGUGCGCACUCGCCUGCGUGUGUCUGGCGGCGUGCGUGUGCGCGUGCACCGCCUCCUCCCACUUGGCAGUGGCGGCUGCGGCCGUGCUCAACGCUGCCUCGCUCAAUGGGAAUGUGCUGUUAAUAAGAUUAUUACUUCAUGCACUUCCGGCUAAAUUAGGUGGCUUAGGUGUGUGCUGGGGAGCAUGGUGGGGUCGCGCAGGGGGAGUUGCUUCAAACCUAGCAGUGGGCGUGUUGCUGGACUACUCGUGUCCAGCACCCUUCAUAUCAGUCGCCGCGUUGCUAGCACUGUCAAUCGGUGCAAUCAUGAUGAUAAAAUUAGAAGAGCUUAAAGUUAUAGACGUGAGUAAGACUGAAGCAGACAGCGCGGAGAAGAACAUAGGAUUAGAGAGAUAUAUUUCGACACACAUGUAGUAUUGUUACAAAAUAUCUUCAAUAGUUGUUAAGGAACAUUAGUCUGAAUUUAAUUUGUACAUUUUAAAGACGAACUCUUCUCAAGUGGUGUGUUUAAUUGCGGUGUUUUAGCUGUGGAACUAAUUUAAUUUGAAAUGAUCAUCAUGUUCGUUGAUUUGGAUAUCAACUUCAACUAAAUUUGAUUGACUAACUUUGAUAUUAGAUGUUGUGAUGGAAUGAAUCUGAUUG